AUGUCACUUCAUGAAGAAUCUUCCGGUCUUUUGAGAACUCAUGUAAAUUGGGAAGAUAUUGAGAAUGAAGUUAGGCUAAGUUUGGCAACUGAAGCUAGAUUUGGUGAAAAUAAGAACGUGGAGAAUAUUGGAAAUAUGAAGGUUGGUUUUUUGGGGGUGUAAUUGCGGAGUGUUGUAAUUUUUUUGUGGAAUUUAGUAGGGAAUUUCAAGGGCUACAAGAUGGUCUAGCUAGAUUUUUCUGAAAAUUUUGAAUUUUGGCUGAAAAUCCUGGUCAAAACUAGGAAGCUGAAAUUUUGAAAUUUGAAAAAAUAGAGCAUUUUCAGACCGGAAUUUCAGCAUUUCAGAAAAAUCCUAAUUUUUUGAGAAAACAUGGAUUUUGUAAGGAAUUUCAAGGGCUACAAGAUGAUAUUUUCAGAUUUUUCUAAAAAUUUUGAAUUUUGGCUGAAAAUCCUGGUCAAAACUAGGAAGCCGAAAUUUUGAAAUUUGAAAAAAUAGAACAUUUUCAGACCGGAUUUUCAGCAUUUCAGAAAAAAUUCUAAUUUUUUGAGAAAACAUGGAUUUUGUUGAGAAUUUCAAUGGCUACAAGAUGAUUUAGCUAGAUUUUUCUGAAAUUUUCAGAUUUGGCUGAAAAUCCGGCUCAGAAUUUUUCCAUAAAACAUGGAUUUUGUACAGGAUUUCAAGAGCUUUAAGAUAGGCUAACUCAAAAUUCUAAAUUUCCAGGGUUUCAUGUCUCGAAUCGCAUUAAUCGAGCCAGAUUGGACCUCAGAAUCCCAAAAUCUUCCCAAAAAACUAAUCGUCAAAAUCGCCUCUCAACUUUCAUUCAUCGAAUUAGCCAAACUCAUGAAUUUCGGAAAUUCUUCGGAAAAAAUCGAAAUGGAUUCGGAAAAAUUGGCAAAGAUGGAAUUUGUGAUUCGAAUUUUACAUAAUCGCGAAUGUGAUGUCUAUGAGAUGCUUCAGCGUCAGAAGUUCUUCCAGAUUCCGAUCCCAUGGAUCUUGGGAAGCCGGAAAUUCUCUGCUGAAAAUCCGCUGAAAGCGUAUAUAAUUUUUGAGCCAAAUGCUCAAAAAAUCGAAAAUAUCAAUAGUUUUGAGAAUUUCGAGUUAGCAGAAGUCGAAAAAAUUGUGAAAACCAUUGCCGAAUUCUCAUCGCUCGGUGAAAUUUUGCCCAAAGAUCAGCUGGAUUUUGCUGGUGAUUCCGAUUUGCUUGCUCAUAUUAUGGCCGAAUUCAGUGAGCCCAAGAUGCAGGAGAAUUGUUUUGCUCAAAUUCGUGGAGCAUUUUUGGGCGGCUCCGACGAUGGAAAUGCUCAAAAAUAUGGGGAGAAAGUUGAGAAAUUAAUUGAGAUUUAUCGAUUGCUUUUGAGCCCGAAGAUUUUGGCGAAUAUUGGAAGAGCGGCGGAAAUUGUUGGUGGGUCUUACAGCGAAAAAAUUUUGCCAUUAGAAAUAAUAUCUCCAACAUUUGCGAGUGAGAAACAAAAUGGCUGGGUGGCCGAGUGGCUAGCGCUUUUGCCUACUAAUCUCAAGGUCAUGGGUUCGAUCCCCCGCCGAGGCAAACUUUUUUUUUUUUUUGAAAAAAUAUGGAUUUUGUAGAGAAUUUCGAGGGCUACAAAAUGAGUUUUGCAGAUUUUUCUGAAAAUUCCUGACUUGGCUGAAAAUCUGGGUCAAAUUAAGAUUCUGAAAAUUUAAAUUUGAGGAUUUUCAGACCGAAUUUUCAGCAUUUCAGAAAAAUCCUGACUUUCUGAGAAAACAUGGAUUUUGUAGAGAAUUUCAAGGGCUACAAGUUGGCAUUUUCAGAUUUUUAAGAAAAAUUGAAAAUUUGGCUGAAAAUCCUGGUAAAAACUAGAAGGCUGAAAUUUUGAAAUUUAAAAAACCUCAGCGAAAAUAUGUUCUCCAAAACUUUGAUUUACUAAAUCUACAGUACCCUCUCGAAAUCUACAGUACCCCCAAACAUUUUCCAGGCCACCGUACCUCGCUAAUCCACGGCGAUUUAUGGAGUUCCAAUUUUCUGUGCCGCAAAAAUCCGCACCCCGAAAUGCUGGCAAUUAUCGAUUGGCAAACUGUGGCCUUCGGAGCACCCGGUCAAGAUUUGGCACGACUUUUCAUGAAUGUUUUGAGCACCGAAAAUCGCCGAGCACACUUGGAGCAUUUAUUGGGAAUCUAUUUUCAGACAAUCGCUGAAAAUGCUGAAAAUUCUGGAAAUCUUGCUCCAUUCACUUUGGAGCAACUCAAAAAAUCCUAUCAACUUUUGUUUCCAACAAUUUCGAUUCUGGUCUUGCCUGGAAUAAUUCCGUUUUUAGAAAUGGCCAGUGGAAUUCAGGAGGAGCAGAAAAUGUAUGUCAGAAAAUUGGCAUUUGAGAAGAUUUGCGGACUUUUGGACGAUGUUUUAAAGGCGCAUGAGGAGAAUUUGAAGGAUUUUCCACAGUUUUUUGAAUGA